GCACAUGUGGACUUCAUGGUGGACGUCAGUGAGCUGCAUGGUUGCCAUAUUUGCCUCAGACCUGGCAUCCCUUUCUGCCAAGCUGCCACCGGAACACAUAAACGCCCGCCCCCUCCCCCGCCCCUCUUCCUUUACGGAUGCUGCAGUAAAGUUGGCUGCGCCUGCGCAUUUUCGGUCCUCUUUUUCUUGGAAGCGCCCCUGACCGAACGCACCAUGGCAGAUCCCGAUCUUGACUUCACGACUGGCGAGUCUGGCGCCUCCGCCACCUACCCCAUGCAGUGCUCUGCUCUGCGUAAGAACGGCUAUGUGGUGUUGAAGGGACGUCCCUGCAAGAUUGUGGAGAUGUCCACCUCCAAGACCGGCAAGCACGGACAUGCCAAGGUUAACCUUGUUGGUAUCGACAUCUUCACCAACAAGAAGUAUGAAGAUAUGUGCCCAUCCACCCACAACAUGGAUGUUCCUUCCAUCAAGAGGAUAGACUAUCAGUUGGUUAACAUCAACGAGAGCUACAUGUCCUUGAUGAGCGACAAUGGUGACAUCAGAGAGGACCUGCGUGUCCCUGAAAAUGAAAUUGGGAAAGAAAUCGAGGCAAAGUUCGAUGCUGGCGAUGAAUUCAUGGUCACCGUGAUCAGUGCCAUGGGGGAGGAAUGUGCUGUCGCUACCAAGGUCUUGGCCAGCAAAUAGGGAGACAGACUUUGCUGCCCAGGCAACAAGCACCACCCACAACCAGUCUCUUGCAUUCUCAUUGGUUCUGUCACCAAAGCGUCAGCCCUCACAGACAUCCUCAAUCAUUCUGUUGUGAUUUCUCAUCAUUGAUCUUAUUUUUUUCUCCCCCUAUCGUUUCUCUUUUCCGUUGCUGUUAGGAAUGUUCCACUGCAGCUUGCUGCGUGGUCCUCUGCCUGAUCACUGAGGUUUUGUUUGGUAACAAUCUACUUUAUAUAAAACAACUUCAAAAAUAAUGAUCAGUUGCUCAUUCCUGCUUAUUUUUGCCUUCAAAGUGUUGGUUUUGCCACUCACAUUCCUGAAUGUUUAAAUAACAAUGGGAUUCAGCUUUUGUAUGAUUAUUUUUUAUAUUCUUUAGAAUGAAUAUAGUGGGUCUAAAGCCUUUUAGAGGGAAGGGGCGGGGGGCAGUUUUUGAGUUGUUAAAGCAGUGGGUAGGGAGGGUUGCCCCUGUAUAUACGGAAUUCUGGUUUAGGUCGUCCCUCUAGCAGCCAUAACGCUUGCCAGCAUGGCCCUUGCUCUGGUUCCUGCAGGGAUUGGGUGUGGCGAGGUUCGUUUCUCCUAAUUCCUGGGAUUGGUGGCGGCUAGCACUUAAAAGCACUUGAGACUCACCCCAGCAUGUCAAAGCUCUAAAACCAAGAAAAGAGAUUCUUCCCCCCUCCCUCCCCCCCCCCCCAAGAACAGAAACUUCAGUGAUUUACCCUCGUGAUGCCAGUCUCUUGUCUGUGUAGAACUUUGAGGGGCGUGAGGGUCUUCACUCACAGCUCUCGUCCACCGGGGCAGUCAAGGCCUUACCCCUGCUUUCCCGGCCAUCCCCCAAUACAAAAGGAGUGUUCUAUUUUGUUUUAAGAGGCGUGAGUGUGUAGCGGUGUGGGCCUCCAAAAUGUGGGAGGCAGCUUGCAGUGAGGUGUGUGUUUUCUUUUGAGGGACUCGAUCAGGUUGGGGAGGGUGAUAGAGUUGCAAACUUUUUUUGUUCACUCGAGGCCUUUGUCACCUGACUGGAGAUGGCAAAAUAAAACGAUGAAACAAAUGGACAAAAACUGCAAA